CCAAAAACUUGCAAUAAUUUUUCACUAUACAAACUCAAAAAAUAAACAAUAUCACACUCUAUACAGUUAUUAGUUAUUAUAUUGUUUGCAUAUUCUCAUGUCAUCGUGUUCCUCCUCCACCACCACCACGACGGCGGAAGACGGCGGAAGAACGGCGAUCACCGCCGUCCAUCCCGACAUAAUUCAAACCUUAAUUUUAACCAAACUCGACGGUCCAACUCUUAUCUCUGCCAGUUUUGCUUCUUCAAAUCUACAAAAUCUUUGCUCCGAUGAUAAUCUAUGGCAAAAAAUUUGUAAUAAAUCUUGGCCUUCUACUUCCAAUCCACUAAUCCAAAACAUCAUCUCCACCUUCCCCUCCGGUCACCGGUCAUUUUUCUCUGAUUCCUUUCCUUCCAUUAAUGACCAAAAAUCCAACAACAAUCGUGUAAUUUCACAAGUGGGAUCCGGAAAAUCCAACAACAUAUCUGGUGCAAUCUCACAGGUUGGGUCCAGGAAAUCCAACAACAACAUAUUCAGCAUAAUUUUACAGGUGGGGUCCGGAAAAUCCAACAACAACAACAUAUUAGGUCUAAUCUCACAAGUGGGGUCCAGUGAAAGUAGUGCGUACGCUGACCUUAACUCUACUUUAAGAGGUACAGAGUCUGUUUCAGAUAGACCAUCAGCUCAAGUAAAAGCAAACGAUCAAGAAUUGAUAUCAGCAGUUGAUAUUCACUUUGAUGGCAAUUUAUUGUACUCGAAAGUGUUAACCACCGAGACAAAAAGCGCGUGGUUUAUGAGUUCACCCUUCAGAGUUGAAUUAUUAGGUCAUAAGGAACAUUUUCCUACACCGGUGAUAUUCAACGGUGAUAAUGAAAAUUGCAAAUCAAAUUUAAAGAAUAUGAGAGUGAGCUGGAUAUUAAUAGACAAAAUGAAGAAUAGAGCUAUGAAUAUAUCAAGUUUGAACCCCGUAUCGAUACGACGACAUUGGCUAACCGGAGAUAUGAAGGUCAAAUAUUCAACGGUGAUCGGUUCCGGUGAAGAAAUGGUACAAUGUGUGAUAGUUGUCACGUGUGAAGGGAAAGAAGGAGGUGAAUUGCACGUGAGGGAAGUGAGCAUGCAAGUAGAGGAUAUGGAUGGAAAAGUAUUAAAUGGGAAGGAUAGUUGGGUAAUUUUAGAAGGGGUUAUUGAAGGAGGAAGGAAAAAGAGAAGAGAAAGUGAAAUAAAAGAAAAUUAUGAGAAAUUUUUGGAAUUAAAGAAAAUUUGGAAGGAAAAGAAACAAAGGAGAGAAAAAAGAAUGGAUAUGAUGUGUAUAGCAAGUGGAAUUACAAUUUUUGUGGCUUUUUGGACUUUGAUUGUGUUAGGUAUAAGAAGUUAAUGGAAGUGGUAGUAGUUAUUUUAGUUAAGAAUGUGAAAAGAGAAUGAUAAUCUAAAAUUAAUUUAUUUUAUUAAAUUUUUUUCUCAAUAAAAAGCAAGCAAGAGACAAUUGUAUUGU